AUGGUAGAUGUUGGAACCAACGGAAGAGUCUCUGACGCAGGAGUGUUUUCUAAUACCGAGUUCUAUAAGCGACUUGUAAAAAACGAACUAUACAUUCCUCAGCCCGAUAAUUUGCCUAAUAGUGAUAUAAAACAGCCAUAUGUUUUGGUAGGAGAUGAUGCAUUUCCUCUUAUGGACAACUUAAUGAAACCAUUUAGUAGAAAAAACCUGACUACAGAACAAGCUAUUUUCAAUUAUAGACUAUCUCGCGCAAGACGUAUUGUGGAAAAUGCAUUCGGAAUAUUAUCUUCCCGGUUCCGAAUAUUAUUGAAAGAAAUUAAUUUGUGCCCAGAAAAAGCCACUUUGAUUGUUCUAACAUGCACUCAUUUACAUAAUUAUUUACGAAUGAAAAAAGUCGAGUCAUACUACCAAGGAGGUUUUGAUGUUGAAGAUACAACGACAGGAGAGAUCUUAAACGCAGACUGGAAAUCAGAUCAAAGGUUACUUCCUCUACAACAACUUUCUGGGCGAAAUAUCCCUAUAUCAUCAAAAGAAAUACGCCUAAACUUCUCUAAGUAUUUCAAUAGUGAGCAAGGAGCUGUACCAUGGCAGAACGAGAGCAUAAAGUAG